AUGGAACAUUCGUCGGGGAUGCGCUGCGCGAGGAGGGGUUCGCCGGGUGUUGGUGCGACGCGUGGUGCGCUGCCGGGGUGCGAGGACCGGAAAGCGAGGGUGAUGGUGAAGGAGGGUGAUGGCUUGCAAGGAGGGAAAAGAAAAAAUCUCAAUCUCUCCCGAUCGUCAAUCAUCAAGCCUCGGCGACCCUUUCCUCCCGGCGAGAAGCUCCCCAUCGCUGUCAACGACCGCAGCAGCUCCACGACGAGAAGUACCAGUCCCGGCUGCUGUCUAUCGCAAGCCAUCGCUGCCGCGUUCUUUAUUCGCAACAUCACCCUCCGUCGGGUCGUUAGCCGCCACCGCAAGCCUCCUCGUUUCGAUCAAGCACCACCAGAAAGUUCUCGCUGUCCGUCGGCACCCCCGCGAUCGUUUUUCGGCGUCCCAAGUGAGCCGGAACAGCCCCCUUCACCAUGUUCUCGUUGA